GUUGUCAUGCAAAUGUGUUUUGUCGCACGACAUUUCUGACUCGCAUAACAUCAAGAUUCUUAAAGAAUACGACUUGGUACCACCGCACCAAGUAAUGAACAAAGAUUUUGUUCGAUGUAGUAUCUUGGUUCUUCACGAACAGAAAUGCAUUGAAACAAGGAAGUUCCCAGGUGGCCGUAAUGCGACAGCUGUUACUCGGGAAACACCAGCUGUAAUUGUGAGUGGAAAGCAAAAUGCCUGUUCAUCAGGAAACACACAGGCUACAGCUGUUUCUGCAAAGUCAGCUAGGAAACAAGAACCGUCUGCGACUUUGAGUUCAGUGGCAAACCCGGCUAAAAAGCAGGACAACAAUGUCCUUAAAGCCGAAGUUUUAUUUGAAUUCUUGUGUAAAGAAUUCAAUUGUUCGGCGCCUAUGACCGUCCUUAAAACUCGUAAGUAUGUAAAUGAAAUUCAAGAUGUCUCAUUGCUUCUUCAGGAAAACAAUGACAAAUUUUUGUUCACCCGGAACGAAAAUGACAAUGUCCGAGACGUUACUGCAUUCUGCCCCAAGCUUCGCUUGUGUUUUGACUUUGUGUCUUUUAGUGAAUGCAAGAACAAACAUUGUACAUAUUUCCACCUCUGCAGGAAGUUCAUCACAGGGUCUUGCAAUCGUGGAAACAAAUGCUCAAGACCUCACACAUUUCGAAAUAAGAGGGACCAAGAAACUGUUUUGAAGCUUGAUUUGGACUGGCUGACAAAUGAGCAACUUCGUCACCUGAUGCUGUCAUCAUCUCCUCAGGUUUGUAUCAGUUACAAUAAAGGUAAAUGUACCAACCACUUGAGGUGCUCUCGAAUUCAUAUUUGCAAGGACUUCAUCGUGAAUGCCUGCAAGAAUGGCGAUGCCUGCCGUUUUCGACACAAAGGGGCUCUUGAUACUCGUCACACAAGGUCAUUGCUGGAGAAGUAUGGACUGAGGGAGAUCAGCCGCGACAACGCGUUGAAAACUAUCUUAGUUUGUGAAGAAGACAGAGGUCCAUGCAAUGAUAAAAUCCUUCAAAUUCCAAAAGCAGCUUCGCCCAGUGGUUUAGCUACAGAAAAUGCCAAACGUACUGACUUAACCGAGGAGUUGGUAGUGAAUUCUGUCCCUGAGCAAACCCGAGUAUCUGGUAGCAUGAUAUCUUCUCAUUGUCGAAGUAUGGGGCAAGAACGCCGGAAAUCUAUUUCGAGUUCAUGUAGUUCUUUGUCAGCCUCCGACAAAGUUACCACUUCCAAGAAGGCUGUCUUUACCUGUAUUAGUAAAGAGUACAAUGGUUCCGUACACUUUGCAGUCAUCUCGAAAAGAAAAGACUUGUUUCCAAAAGAUGUUGAGAACAUUGCAGGGUGGUUUAGAAAUAGGAAAGAUAGCUUUCGUCUCGUAGAAAGGGCGGACGGAACCAUCUUGGAGGUCUGCACGUUUUGUCCAAGAGCAGGAUUUUGUUUCAACUACACUUCGUCAACAAGUUGCUCAAGAAAGGAUUGCCAGUAUUUUCAUGUUUGCAGGGAACAUACUGUUGGAGUUUGUAAUUUCGGGAGCAGAUGCAAAUGGAACCACAAUUUUCAAUUUGACCGUGAUCGCAAGUUCAUUUCCAAACUUGAGUUGGAUGGCAUGACAGAUGAAGAACUUUGCAAGGUUAUACAGCUCUCUAUGCCCCAAGUAUGUUUGGAUUAUAAUGAGGGAGAAUGUCAACAUGGUGGAAGUUGCUCACUGGUACACAUUUGCAAGGAUUUUAUAAGGAAGAAGUGCCAUGACUCGGAAAAUUGUGGGCUGGAACACGAAGAGGCCUUGCUGACGUCCCACACAAGUACCAUACUUCAGAACUAUGGCCUAAAAUGCACAGAUGGGAACUUAAAUUUCGUCCUAAAUACUCUUCUGGUUUGUGAAAAGAGCAAUGUUUCGACACCAGCGACUUCGAAGUCCUACAUGAGAACUCCAGCUGCUCAGGAUUCACUCAAACAGUCUUCACAGGGUCGAACUAAACCUUCUGAUUCCAUGAGCAAAACGAGUCUGGCUUAUAGCUCAGCAAGUUGGACCCCUUGUUUCCUAACUGAGCAGAAGGUCUUUGAAUGCCUGUGUAAAGAGUACGGUUCCUCGAUCUCUUUUGACGUGAUUGCUAAACGAAAGGAUUUAUUUCCGCAUGGACCAGAAAGCGCUGAAGGUUGGUUUCGCAAGACGAAAGGCAGCUUUUUGAUGAGAGAGAGCAACCAGGGGGUGAUUACACAAGUCGAUGCCUUCUCUGCAAGAGCUCGUGUCUGUUGGAGCUACAAUAAGAACGGAGAGUGUGUCAAACACAACUGCACAAACCUGCAUAUUUGUAGAGAUUACAUCAUUGAUUCCUGCAGCAGUGGAGUAACAUGUCCGCUGAAUCACCACUUCAACAACCAGAGGGACAGGGCUUGGCUUUCGAGGAUCAACCUUGAACAGUUAACAGACCUUCAACUCCAAAAGCUCGUGCUCUCUUCGACACCUCAGAUUUGUGUAGAGUACAAUAAUGGCGUAUGCAAUCGAGGUGAUACUUGUAACAGGAUUCAUAUGUGCUGUGGUUAUUUAAGGAAAAGUUGCAGUGGUGAAUACGAGUGCGGUUUAGAUCAUGAAACAGCCAUGGAUACUGACCAGACCAAGGCAGUACUUCAGCGUCUUAUGUUGAGCAGCGUCUGUAAGGCUGAUAUACUGAAAAUGAUUCUUGACGACAAACGCAGUUUGUCAGGCAAAGACAAAACGAAAUGCCAUAUUCAUCAGGAUAGGUCAGAUGCAUCCAUUUGCUCGGAAUUCCUUAUUGGUAAAUGCAAGAAAGGCUCAAGGUGCUUAGGACACCAUUGUUCUAUGCCAUACCAGUGGCAAUAUCAAGUUUCCAUUUCUGAUCGAUGGAUAAGCUUCAGUGAGGAGGACAACUUGACUCUAGAGAAGCUCUACUGUGAUGUGAAUGUCGAAACACCAGUGAACUUCAAGUCAGCCCAGUCUCUUGAUCUUUCUCGUCUUGAAAGAAAUGGAAGGCUUCCUUGUGACCUGAAAUAUGAAGUUAUGAUUGACCAGGAAAAUAUGACCAUCACAUUUCAAAGGCCAAGGGGUGGUGGAGGUUUCUUAGUGGGCUUAUUGAGGCGCCUGUCCACCGUGUCGUACGUCAUCAGCCCAUGUGAUCCCGUGUUUACGAACUGGAAAUGGUAUUGGAAAGAUAAUGCCAACGUGUGGCANGCAGACCUGCAAAAGCGACAAGCAGGUUUUCAUUGUGAGUAUAAAUGGUUAACUAUCGGUAACACGACAACAUUUUUCUUACAGGAAAGCGACCUACAGAAACAGAUAGAGCAAGCCUAUCAAGACAUGUUAGGCCAGGGCAAAACAAAAGCCAUGUACCAGUUUCUAACCCCAGAGAAUGUGUACAACGUGUUUUUUGAUUCGACAAGAGAGAUGUACCAGGUCAAUGUGAGAACUGGCACCAAGAGACAGGUGAAAAGGAGACCUGAAAAACCUAUCUCCUACGACGAUCUAAAUGAAUGGGCUCGUGGUGAUCCCACAUCCAAGAGAAGAACAGAGGAAAGACCUGUGAAUGUUCCAAGCCACUGGUCCUCGAUGCGGCUCAGUGUGCCCUAUACACGCGUUGCAUUAGACGCAGCUUCAGCCGAAUUUCAAGACGUGGAGAAGUUGUUCUUUCGGUCGAUGAAUGGCCGGGCGGUGAUCGAAAAUAUCGAUCGUGUUCAGAAUCCUUUAAUUUGGGAGGAGUACUGCAGGAAUAAAGAAAAGAUGAUGCAAAAAGCUCAUCUUUUAAAUCAGCAGCAGGUUAAUGAGAAGAAAUUGUUUCACGGAACCAGUCCAGAAAACGUAGAGGCCAUCUGUGAAGACAACUUUGAUCCGCGAAUACAUAAAAAGAACAGGAGGCUUAUGUAUGGCCAAGGAACCUACUUUGCAGUCAAUGCCUUAUCCAGCCACUCCUACGCGAAGAGAGAUUCUAAUUCGUUUCAGUAUAUGUUUUUGGCCAAAGUACUCGUUGGUUGUUAUACCAAGGGCCACCGCAGUUAUCAAAGACCACCACCAAAGGAUUGUUCAAAUGUCGCCACCCAUCUGUAUGACUCGUGUGUGGAUAACAUUUCAAACCCAACCAUCUUCGUCGUCUUCGAUAGCAAUUACUUCUACCCAGAGUACGUCAUUCAAUAUUUAUCACCUCAACCGCCCGCCGCCGGCCCAUUACUCCUGAAAAAGAGAUCAGCGCAGCGCCUUACCCUUUCCUCUUCUACACAAAGUAGUUUUUCAGCCUCAGCUGUGUCUAUUUCAAGCCGAUUUGCUUCACCGAGUUGGUUUGCAGCAGUGGCCAAACCGAACUUUGAGGGACCAACGCCCCUGGAAAUGCCAAUGGCGCCAAGAACUGAGCACGGAAUUCUGAAGCAUCAGUCUAGUUGCUCAAAUUAUCUUGGCAAAGCGUCCUUGCCAAGGGGUUCUACUACACAGAGUAGUUAUUCAGCCUCAGCUGUGUCUAAUGCAGAGCUUACAGGUAUAACCCAGACAAGAAGCUCAGAUUAUCUUGACACAGCGUCCUUGCCGAGUGGGUCUACUAGAAAAAGUAGCUAUUCAGCCUCAACUGUGUCUAGGGCAGAACUUACUGGUACAACCGCGACUAAAUGCUCAGAUAAUCUUGGCACAGCGUCCACAAAGGCCGGGACUGGUGCAGAAAGUCGUUAUUCAGCUUCAACUCUGUUUAGUUCAGAGCUCAUUAGUGUUGGAACCCGACUAAUUGCUCAGACAAUCUCCAUGCUGAAGGGAACUGUUGCCGAAAUGAGUCACUCGGCUUCAGUUGUGACUGGUUCAGAGCUUACAACUGUAAACCUAGCGAGAAGCACAAUCAGUCUUGGAUCAGCCUUCACGCCGAGUGGAACUGCUGCAGGAAGCCACACUCAUCAGGAUGAGCCAGAUACAUCUAUCUGUCAACAGUUCCUUAUUGGAAGAUGUGACAAAGGCUCAGCAUGCACCGAGCUUCAUUGUUCUUUGCCUUACCACUGGCAAUACAAAGUUUCCCUGUUUGAUGAAUGGAAAUGUUUCACUGAUGAAGACAACUUGGCUCUGGAAAAGCUGUACUGUGAUGUGAAUGUCGGAACGCUAGUGAAUUUCAAGCCAGCCCAGUCCCUUGAUCUUUCUCGUCUUCAAAGGCAGGGUAGGUUUCCUGGUGAUCUGGAAUAUGAAAUUACGAUUGACCUGGACAAUAUGACCAUCACAUUUCAAAGGCCAAGGGGUGGUGAGGGGUUGUUAGCAGGUCUACUGAGGCGGUUAUCCCCUGUGUGUUACGUCACAUGGCCACAUGAAUCCAUGUUUACGAACUGGAAAUGGCAUUGGAAAGAUAAUGACAAUGUCUGGCAUCUCUAUGACAAAGACUACUUGAAAAGCGACCUUCAGGAGCAGAUAGAGCAAGCCUAUCAAGACAUGUUAGACCAGGGUAAAACAAAGGCCAUGUACCAGUUUCGAACCUCAGAGAAUGUGUACAACUUGUUGUUUGAUUCAACAAGAGAGAUGUACCAAGUCAAUGUGAGAACUGGCACCAAGAGACAGGUGAAAAGGAGACCUGAAAAACCUAUCUCCGAUGACGAUCUGAAGGAAUGGGCCCGUGGUGAUUCCGCAUCUAAGAGAAAAAUCGAGGAGAGUCCUGUGAAGACUAAUAUUUCCAGCCAUGUUCCAAGCCACUGGUCCUCGAUGCCUCUCAACGUGCCCUACACACGCGUUGCAUUAGACGCAGCUACAGCCGAAUUUCAAGACGUGGAGAAGUUGUUCAAACGGUCGAUGACCGGCCGGGCGGGGAUCGAAAAUAUCGAUCGUGUUCAGAAUCCUUUAAUGUGGGAGGAGUACUGCAGAUAACGAAAUAACUGUU